CCUCUCUGCCUCACUCGUCACUCACGCAGCCGUCGUCGGUCCGUUGCACAUAGACCCUCACAUCUCGACGUCGCCCCCUCAGCCUGUGUCCCCUCACCUCUCGCAGUCGCACCGCUUCACACAGACCCUUACUCUCGCCGUCGCACCUCCCCUCACCUCUCGCACCAAUCGCCGUCUCACACAGCCCCUCUCACAGCCACGUAUUUCUCACGGACCCACGUUUUGCUCACUUUUGAAGGAAGUCCAGUUUCUUUGCCAUCUUGCUGUUGUUGCUGGUGAUUUAAUUCAACAUGUCGUCGCUAAGGAAUGCUAUCAGUAGACGAGCUCACAAAGAAAGAUCUCAACCGCAUUCAAGGAGAAAAUUUGGUCUUCUUGAAAAGCACAAGGAUUAUGUCGAGCGGGCACAAGUUUUUCACAAAAAGGAGCAGGCUUUGCAGAAACUUAGGGAGAAAGCUGCUUUCAGAAACCCAGAUGAGUUUUAUUUUCGGAUGAUGAAAGCAAAAACUGUUGAUGGAGUCCACAAAUUAGAGAAUGAGGCAAACAAAUAUAAUACGGAAGAGCUUAUGCUUAUGAAGACCCAAGAUAUGGGAUAUAUUCUUCAGAAAUUGCAGAGCCAGAAAAAGAAACUUGAAAAGCUUACUGCCGUUCUGCACUCUCUUGAUAGUCAGCCAUCUAAUGGACACGUUUAUUAUGCUGAAGACAGGGAGGAGGCUAAAGAAAUACAAUCACGUUUAAAGAAAAGGAGGAAAAUGCCUACUUCUGAUUAUGUUUUCAAUGAUGAUAUUAGAAGCAAAACUGCUGCUUCCUAUAGAGAACUGGAAGCAAGGAGGAAUAGAGUGAGUCAGUUGGAGAAACUCUAUAUGGAUAUGGCAUUGCAGAAGGAACUACAGAAAAAGGGCCGGAAGCGCAAAUUACGUGAAGAUGAGCUUGCUUGUCCCACUUCUAAACCAGUAUACAAGUGGCGGUCAGAACGGAAGCGUUGAAAAGGUAUUUAUAUACUUAUUUAAUUGUUAUAUAUACUUGGUACUAACCCCCAAGGGUUGGCUCAAGUGGUAAAAGUCUUGGGCUUCGGGAUUUGCUCCCCCUAAGUCUAAGGUUCAUUUUAUCCUUGGGUGUAAACAAUCUUUAGGGGCUAUCGGACUGAGGGAUUUUUCUCUUGAAUUACCCGAGGUGCACUUGCAGAAAACUCCUAGACGAGGGCCUGUGCACCCCCGGGAUUAGUCGGGACACUGUUCCCGGACACCCGAUACCAAUAAAAAAAAUAUAUACUUGGUACUUAUACUGAUCUAAUAUUCUGAGAAUGCAGUGUCUUU